GUCAGUCGCUCUCGGAGGUGUUCCUGAUGUUGAAGCUCGAUUUGACUUGUGUUAAAGCAGCUUACUUGAUUCUGCUCGCGACUUUGUUGGAAGUAUGUUUGACGAUUGCUCUACCGCCGUCGCCGGUAGUCAAAGUAGAAAACGUCAAGUCACAGCUCAAUAUUAGCAAGGAUGAGUUUUAUCCUACUUCGGAUAAUAAUGAGGAAGACGUCGAGUCCUUUUACAUCGACGAUGACGGAGCGCGAACUUUGAGGCAGAUCGAUGUGAAUAGUGAAAUUGACGAAGCUUUUGAGGAAGGAAUUGAAGCAGAAAAAGAUGACCUGAGUCAGCCCCCGGUGAGACCAAUUGGACCCAGAGACAUAUUGGAUGCUGUACUGAAGUCCGUGUUUGGUGGUGAGGAGAGUGGGUUUGAUUCGUUGACGAGGUUCUUCACGUCCUUGGCUCACAAUUUUGGAAUGGACGUCACACUUACUGAUGACAAGGGGAACAAAAUGUUGAAUGCGCCCAUGGCAACGGGUGUUGGUCGUUGAUCUUGAUACAUUUCCUGCACGUUGUUCAAAA